AUGCGGUUCUUCAACUCAGCUACCGUCGCAGCAUUCAUUCCUUUUGUGGUCCAUCUAGCGGAUGCGAAACCUGUCAGUAUAGAAAUAGCUACCUUGGGCGGCGCGGCCUUUCGGAUUGAACAGGUGCCUAACCCUAACUUCUACUACGGUUCUCGUCGAGGGCCCAUUGCUUUGGCCAGGGCCUAUUCCAAGUUUGGACAACAAAUCCCGGAUGAACUACUCUCGCUCAUCGACCAGAUUCUCGCGGAACUUGGGUUGCUCAAUGGAGGCAACGGUGCACAUAUGGGACACGGAGAAGGUGGGGGCUCGAAAGGCAACGGCACGGCCACGGCGCAAGGGGGGGAUGGAGGCAGCAAAAACGGCAACGGAACGGCAGCUCAUCCAGAUGGAGAGGUCGCGGCGAUCCCUGCCGAGUUCGACAGCCAGUACCUCUGCCCCGUCCAGAUCGGCACUCCUCCUCAAACGCUGAACCUGAACUUCGACACCGGGUCCUCGGAUCUCUGGGUCUUCAGCAGUGAGACACCGGUGACUGAGGUGGCGGGACAGGCUAUAUACAACGUUCAAGCCAGCUCAAGCGCCAAAGUCUUGGAGGGCGCGGCGUGGUCCAUCUCUUACGGUGACGGCAGUUCGUCGAAAGGCAACGUCUACAUGGACACCGUCACCAUCGGUGGCGUGACAGUUGAGAGCCAGGCCGUCGAAUCGGCGACCCAGGUAUCGGCCUCCUUCACCAGAAACGCGAACCAGUCUGGACUGGUUGGCCUCGCCUUUGGGACCAUCAACACGGUGCAACCGACCAAGCAAAAGACGUUUUUCGAGAACGCCAUGAGCAACCUCGCGAUGCCGCUUUUCACGGCAAACCUCAAAAAGGGCGCAGCUGGCAACUACAACUUCGGCUUUCUGGAUACCUCAGAAUUCACCGGGGAUAUCAACUUCAUCCCCGCCAACUCGACCGCCGGCUUCUGGCAGUUCACCGCGCAGGGCUUCGGCGUCGGCAACGGCAGCGCGACAACCGCGAUGCCGCACCAGGCCAUUGCCGACACGGGCACGACGCUGAUGCUUCUGCCCGACGCCAUCGUCAAGGCGUACUACUCGAACAUUGCCGGCGCAAAGUUCGACGCGACCAACGGCGGCUUCGUGUUCGGCUGCCAGCAAGAUAUCCCCUCGUUCACCCUCGACCUCGGCACGUACAAGGCCGUCGUGCCCGGCGAGUUUAUCAAGUUUGCGCCGGUGGACGGGCAGACCGUCGAGACGUCGUCCAUGUGCUUUGGAGGACUCCAGAGCGUAGGGACGCUGCCCUUUGCGAUUUACGGGGACGUGUUUCUCAAGUCGCAGUUCGUCGUCUUCCACGGCGGAAAGAACCAGUUGGGGUUUGCGACCAAGCCCUUAUAA